CCUGGCACCAAAGUGGUCAACCUCAAACCUAUUCACAACUGGACACAGACAGGACAGGGCAGACUGCACGAAAGCUCUCUCAGCAGCUUGCAGGCAACACGUCAGCAAGAACGAUCAAAAGGGAAGACGUUUGGCUAUCAGCAAAGUUUUCCCGCAGCUCGGCCUUGAAGCUCGUUCGUCACAGUGGGGUUCUGCUGCCACCUGCUGCCAGCUCUGUGCAUGUGCAUCUCUUCAUAAUGACGUCAAAAACAUUCGGUUUCAUCUGAUGUUAUUGAAGCGCUGGUUUUCCGAGCAUUGCUGGAAGGAAGGAAGGCUCUGGCAAAGGCGUGGAAUGAAAAAAAAAUCCUAUAAAUACCUGUUUGCUCGUCCCCUGUGCACAGUCUGGUGAAACUUUGUGAAGAGGCAUUUUACAAUGAGCGAGUUCUGCAAGGUUGCCCAUGAAUUUGCGAUGGAGCUGGACCCCACCGGGGAGCUGAUACCGGUGUCGAGUGUACUGGACUCCAACGACUUCAGGCCCCUUUAUCUGGUGAAGAAGGUCGAGCACCAAUGGCCGAAGUCUAUAUGGAAAAAAGCUAAAUUCUUUCCAACUUCCGUGAAUCUGAACAUGGUGCUGGUGGACGGAGACAACUUCGAAAUUGCUCAGAAAGAAACUCCACUAUUAACUUUUAAUGACUGCUCCCAUGUGGAUGGGAGUGUGACUGCAAAGGUGCCUGAUGGGGUGGUGAACGCUGGGGCCCACGCGAGUCACACCCACUCCAGAACUGUGGAGACGACCUGCCUUGAGAAGGUGGAAGUCUGUCCCGACAAGCUGAUGAAAAAGCUGCAAAACAGCAAGUUCGACAUGAACCACUGGGGGCUGGAGCACUUGAAAAACCAAAAGGUGUGUGUGGUCGUCCAGUGUGUCCGCGUCAAGAACAAAAUGAAGCUGAUUAAGACCUCGUCUUCGAAGGGGUCCCUGAAGGUCAAACCCUGGAAAGCCACCAAGGUGGAGGUGAAGGCGGAAGGGGGGAGCACGCGGGAGCUCUUGUUUCAGAAGGACACUGUGCUUGCGUGCAAAGCCUACGGACUCUCCGUCUCAAGCAGCGGGGAUUUCUGUUGUGCUUCACCGCCAGGAGAAAAGUAUCUGCCUACUUUUGUUAAAGAUGAACAGCGAAUGCAGAUGUUAGAAGUUCGAUCGUGUUAUAUGACGCAACAGGCCCUGGAGAACGAGUUAAGGGAGUUCAGUGUUCUGGACCAGGCUGAACGAAACAAGGUCCUGAGCCUCUUGUCAGAGCUGCUGCCUUACAGAGAGGCCCUGGAAGCGCUGGACAACUUUGUGGAAGCAGCAUUGUGGGGAGAUGCUGACGGGGUCUCUGUGGACUCCCUGGCUGAGGGGGUGAGGCAGCCAGUCCAGAGAGUGCUGGACUACCUGGAGUUCUCUGUCCCGGACCGCAGCUCACAUGCAGAGUGCUCCGACCCCCAGCCCUGCUCACACAAGCUCUUCGGACCGCUCAUGUUUCUCAUCUGCACGCUUAAGGAGCUGAGUGAAAAUACUGUGAAUCGGAUCUUUGGACUUGACUCGGAGGAGUGCAAAAAGCAGCUUGAUCUGGUGUGCGCAGUGUUGGGACAGAUGGAAGAAACUUUGAUGUACACAUCCAACUGGAUCGAGAACUACACGGAGGGCAGCUUGAACUUGGUUCGGGAGCUCCUCGCUUCCUGUGGAUUUAACAUGUGCGACGAAGAGCCGUACCUCAAGUUUGCAGACUCCAGCGAGCAGAAACCUGGGCUGUGCGCGCUGUACGCAACGCUGUGGGCAAUCAGUAGCCUGAAAACAGAGUGAAAAAGAUACGGUAAACAGGGGUGACUGAAACUCACACUCUGAAUCGCUUUUAAGAAGUACAUUUAAAUCUGCAAGUCAUUUAGCAGACUCUUUUAUCCAAAGUGACUUACAGAGACUAGGUGGUGAAUUACGAAUCAACAAUAUGACCUAAUUUGUUUUAUGUCUCAUCCGAAGGACGGAGCACAAGGAGGUGAAGUGACUUACUCAGGGUCACACACAGUUAGACAGUGGCUGAGCUGGGAUUAAAACCGGGGACCCCUGGUAUCUAGCCCUUUACUUAACCACUGGACCACCAAGCCUUGUUAAUGUGUUGAUUCCAAAACAAGAAAGACUGUCCUUCCCUCACCUUUACAAUCGAGUACCAAAUCGACAGAAAUGAAGUGAAGUGUUUUUUUAAAAGCCGAUCGGAAAUUAAUUUUUCAGGGCGCUGACAUUUUUUACUGCCGUACCGAAAAUAUUCAUUGUCUAGUUCCCCCGGCUUUUAAAACACACUUCAGUGCGUUAGUUAAUUGCUGUCGAUGUGGUACUCCACUGUAAAGGCGAGGGAAGGACAGCUCUUCUUGUUUUGAAAUCAACACCCUAAUGAAUGGAUUUAUUGAAACACCUGCCGAUUUUUCUAAACGUACUUCUUAAAGGCAAUUAUGAGUACAAGUAUUAGCACAGCCCUGGAGAUCAAUUACCAGCGUGAACAAAUUAAUUAUACCAAGGGAGAGACAAUCUGUCUGGGCCAGUCCUGUUUUCUUUAAGUAUUUGGGUUGCUCAAACAAGUUCAUGAAAUGGUAUUCGCUGCUGCAUGUGGUGGUGUUCAAACUUUUAAAAUCUGAAUAAACGCUCCUGAUUAAAAAUG